AAAACAACAAUAUUUUUGCAAACAAGUGAGCGGCGUGAGAGCAAUGCUCACAGUCGUCACAUAAUUUUCUCAUUGGAAUUUGGAAGAGCGCCGCUGCAGUUGACAUGUGGGCAGAUGUAAACAAAAGUGCGUGUGCAAAGGUCAAGUGAAAAGUUAUAGUGUAAAUAUUGUAAAACAAUAUCUAAAAGUACAUAUUAAAUCGUAGUUUAUUAAAAAUAAUGUUGGUUCCAAUUACUUAAAAGAAAGUGUAAGAUAAAAGCAUCAGAAUUAGUUGUGAGAGCUCAAAAUGUGGUUUGAUGAAUAACUUAGCUUAUGGCUGCGGCUGCUGCCAUGCAUUCGGUUCUGUUCUGUUUGUUUUCCUGCAAUUUGUUCGUUUUUAAAAGCGUUAGUACGUUUAUGUAAAUAAGUAAGAAGUGAAAAUACAAUAAUUUAGAAUUUUUAGAAUAGUUACAAACGGGUGAUGUGUUUUGAUUUAGUUUAAUUUUUAAGUAAAUAAGAAAUUAAAUCACUUCAAUGCCUUUGCUUUUGAGUUUUUUGUGUUGAUUCAUGUGUGUUUAGAUGCAAUGGAAGAAUGAAGUUGAUUGAAGGGAAAUUGAACCAGAAAUUUAUGCGCUGAUGAGACUUUGUAUAUUUUAUAGAAAUUGUACAAAUGUGGCACAAAGUGAAACGGAUUGUGAUCAUCUUUCUUGCAGUAAAUUGUGCGUCAGCCGAGGAUACUGAGGCUGAGAAGCUGUUUCGGGAACUAGAAGUUGUGCCUGAUAUAUUGGAUGAACCACCAAAGGAAUURUUGAAGAUCGAGUACGAUGGCGGCUUGGUUGCUGGCAGCGGUGAGGAAUUCACGCCAACGCAAACUAAAGACGAACCAAAAGUGGAUUGGUUUGCUGAACCAGAAGCGUUUUACACAAUCAUAAUGACCAAUCCGGACAUACCGACGCGACAGAACCCAGCGACACGCGAAUGGCUACACUGGUUGGUGGUUAACAUACCGGGCACAGAUUUGGCUAAAGGUUACGUAUUAGAUCCCUACAUCGGACCAUUGAAUCCAAAGGAGAGUGGUUUGGUGCGAAAUGUAUUUCUGGUCUUCAAGCAACUCGGCAAACAAGAAUUCGAUGAGCCCAUACUCAAUAAUACGAAUGUGGCUGGCCAUGAGAGAUUCUCUUCUAAGGGCUUUGCCAAAAAGUACGACAUGGAACUGGUGGCUGGCAAUAUAUUCCAAUCACGUUGGGACGAGUAUGUUACGCUAUUGCAUAAACAAUUCGGUAUUAUUAAGUAAAACGUUCAUUGAGAAACGAGUCAGAAUUCUUACCACUUAUGGUACAUCCAAAUAUAUGUAAAUGUUGAUAAAUAUAUAAAAACCAAUUAUAAAUUAGAUUUGCUCGUCCAAGAACCCAACAUAUGUAUUGGUUAAAUUUAAAAUUCUGCUUAAUAUUUGUUAUCAUAAUAAUAUUUUUUGUCAUAAAUUUUAUAAAUUAAACUGGUUGACUUAUUGUCGAAACUAUGGCCAUA